UGUCUUCUAGCUAGAUUUCUUUGAAGACGAAAAUCUAACAAUCAGAGUGACCAACGUCAAGUCGGCAAUAUUAUAUUUCGCGGUAAAAUUGGCCAUGUUAACUAAAAUUCAAGCUCUUAACUGUAAAAAUGGUGGCUGGCGACACCCAUGUUCUUACAUCCUCACUUACAACACAAUCAAAUACUUCCAACUCCACUCUACCUCUCUGCACCAUCACCACACUUCUACAAUGCUCCACCAUUGAUCUUCACCAUUUCAUUUCGUACCCACUAAUUCAGCCAUGUCAUUCCCAUCUUUUUUUACUCUUCUCCUUCAUUUUUUCUUCAUUUCCGCAUCUGGGUUCGGAUCCAUGGGACCCAUCUCGGCCGCUUUUGGUGAAAACGGGUUCUUUUGCGCCAUUGAUGCCAGUGGCAAGCAGGAAGUUAUUUGUUGGACGAAGAACACAACUUUACCAUCUACUCCGCCCUCUACAUCCUCUGCUUAUUUUAGCGAUAUUCCUGCUAUGGCGGCUUUAUCAGGCGGUGAAGGGUUUCUUUGCGGCAUUUUAGCGAACAGUUCGCAGGCUUUCUGCUGGAGCUCUGGAGGUUUAGAUCUUGUUCCUUCUGUUUACAGAAAUACUGCUUAUUCCCAUAUUGCUGCUGGUAAGAAUCAUGUUUGUGCUAUUAGAGGUUCGUAUUAUUCGAGUCAUGAUUCGGGUAGUGUUGAUUGUUGGAAGAUUGUAAAGGGUGGUAAUAAUAGUUUAACUUCUGUGCAAAGUUCUAAUUUUUAUGAUCAGUCUGUUGGUAAUCUUGUGUUUAGUAAGGUUGCUUCUGGUGAAGGGUUUAGUUGUGGAAGGGUGAGAGAUGGUGGAGUUGUUUGUUGGGGGCCUAACUCGGCGAGUUUAGGUGUUUCGAAGGUAUCGGGGAAUUAUGUAGCUUUAGCUUCAGGUGUCAGUGCUUUAUGUGGGAUUUUGGAAGAGUCUAAUGAGGUUGAUUGUUGGGGAAGUAGCAAUGAUUCAUUUUCGAGCUCUCCUGUUGGGACUCGGUUUGUGUCAUUGACUGCUGGAGCUAACCAUUUUUGUGGAAUUAGGGAAGAUAAUCAUGCUAUUGAAUGUUGGGGGAGCUUUAAUUUGUCUUCUGUUCCGAAAGGUGGUUAUGGUUUUAUGGCGAUUGCUUCUUCUGAUUUCACUACUUGCGGGAUUAGGGAGAAUGAUUUGGUUAUUGAUUGCUGGUUUACUAAUGGGACUUCACCGCCUGAGUACAAUCCUCCGCUAGAAUUGUGCAGUCCGGGUUUAUGUGGUCCUGGCCCUUGUAGUGAUGGAGAAUUUGUUUUUAAUGCAAGUAUACUAAAUGAGCCAGAUUUAACAAGUUUGUGUGUGAGGAAGGAUUUAAAUAUUUGCUCUCAGUGUGGAUCAAAUUGCUCUCAAGGCUUUUUCUUGUCUAGUCCGUGCAAUGAGAAUGCUGAUCGAGUAUGCACAGAUUGCUCUCUUUGCCAGAACAGUUCUUGUAGGGAUGUUUGUGGGAUACAAUCAUCUGCAAAGAAGAAGCAAUGGUUCCACUUCAGUACAUUUCAUAUACUAAUCAUACUUGGUUGUUUUGUAUUAGUCAUUUUAUUCAUUUUAUUCUGUUGCUUUAUUCGUUGUUGCUUGAUUGCUACUCGAAAAGAAGAAGGAUCGAAGAAACAAUUUACGUCUUGCAUCGGAAAGUCUGAGUUGGAAACAGACAAUGCUUCUGAUUUGUACCAGCCUCCAUCCACGGCUCCUUGUCCAGGCGUCGCUCAAGUUUUCCGACUCUCAGAGUUAAAAGAUGCCACCAACGGUUUCAAAGAAUUCAAUGAGCUUGGAAGGGGAAGCUAUGGUUUUGUUUAUAAAGCUGUCUUAGUGGAUGGGACACCUGUUGCAGUGAAGCGAGCAAAUGCUGCAACAAUAAUCCACUCUAAUAGUAGGGAUUUCGAAAUGGAACUGGAAGUACUCUGCAAUGCCAGACAUUCGAAUAUUGUAAACUUGUUGGGUUACUGCUCCGAAAUGGGAGAGAGGCUGCUCGUUUAUGAAUACAUGCCCCACGGAACGCUGCAUGAUCACCUCCAUAACGAACUUUCGCCUUUAAAUUGGAGCCUUAGGCUGAGAAUUUCAUUGCAGGCUGCAAAGGGACUUGAGUAUCUUCACAAAGAAGCCGAGCCUCCGAUUGUUCAUGGCAAUGUCAAAACUUCAAACAUUCUGUUGGAUGCUGAUUGGGGAGCACGAAUUGCAGAUUUCGGACUGAUCACUUCAAAUGACAAGGAUUGCUGUGGAGACAUGAAAACUGAUGUUUACGACUUCGGAAUCAUACUCCUCGAGAUUCUUACCGGAAGAAAAAAAUAUGAUAGAGAUUAUACACCUCCCAGUAUUGUAGAAUGGGCAGUUCCACUGAUUAAACAAGGUAAAGCAGCUGCCGUAAUCGAUCAAGAUGCAACUCUUCCGAAAAAUUUUGAGCCCUUACUUAAACUUGUUGAAAUAGCAAAUUUGGCUGUUAAGGAAGAUCCAAAAGAUCGUCCUACUAUGUCGGAUUUAGCCACGUGGUUGGAACAAAUUGUAAAGGAUGCCUUGUAGACUUCACAUUGGAUCAACCGAACGAAAAAGGUACAUGUAACAACAGCACCUUAUGUGAGAAAGGCUAUUUUAUAACUGUAUAUUUUUUGAGAUUCUUGUACAUGAAGUUGCUUAAAAAUUCUUUCUGACAUUUGUGCUUGAAUUCUUUAAGCUCAAAAUACAUGAAAGGGAUUCAAUUUUUUUACCACAUUCUGUGUUUCUUGAUUUUUAUAUAAGUUAAUACAAUAAACAAGUUUUCCAUC